UCUAAACUCUAAUUACUCUCUUCAUAAAGAUGGCGUUUAUUAAAGAUGAGACUGAAGACAUAAAGAUUGAGUAUAUUAAAGAGGAAGAGACUGAAGACAUAAAGAUGGUGAUUAUUAAAGCGGAGACUGAAGACAUGAAGAUUGAAUUUAAUAAAGAGGAGUUUGAAGAAAUAAAGAUUGAAGAAACAUUCAGUGUGAAACAUGAAGAUACUGAGGAACAAACAGACCUAAUGGCACUGAAAGAGGUGAGUUUUGAACUUAAUGAAAAAGAAGAAGAGAAAAAACAUUAUAAUUUCAUGACUGGAGAAAAAUCAACACAGGCUAAAAAGUGUUCCUCACAAAAAGGAGCUCAAAAGACUGGAACUAAAAGUAAUUUCACCUGCCAACAGUGUGGAAAGAGUUUUGAUCGACAUAGAAAGCUUCAAGUCCACAUGAGAGAUCACACUGGAGAAAAGCCUCAUACCUGCACUCUGUGUGGGAAUGGCUUCACACGGGAACAAAGCCUCAGGGAACACAUGAGAAUUCAUACUGGAGAAAAGCCUCACACCUGCAAAAAAUGUGGACAGAGUUUCAGUCAAAAGGGAAGCCUUACAGUCCACAUGAGAGUUCACACUGGAGAGAAACCUUUAACCUGCCAACAGUGUGGAAAGGGAUUCAGUGACAAAAAAAACCUUACAGCCCACAUGACAAUUCACACUGGAGAGAAAGCUUACACCUGUCAAAAGUGUGGACAGAGUUUCAGUCGAAAAGAAGGCCUUACAGUCCACAUGAGUAACCACACUGGAGAAAAGCCUCACAUCUGUCAAGAGUGUGGAAAAAGUUUCAGUGGAAAAGGAAAACUUGAAAUCCACAUGAGAAUUCACACUGGAGAGAAACCUUUCACCUGUCAAGAGUGUGGAAAGAGUUUCAUUCAAAAAGGACAUCUUACAGCCCACAUGAGAAUUCACACUGGAGAAAAGCCUCAUACCUGCCAACAGUGUGGAAAGAGUUUCAUUCGAAAGGAAGGACUUAUAGCUCACAUAAGCACUCACACUGGAGAAAAGCCUUACACCUGCAGUCUGUGCGGGAAUGGUUUCACACGGGAACAACGCCUUAGGGAACACAUGAGAGUUCACACUGGAGAGAAACCUUUUAAAUGUGUUCAGUGUGGAAAGAGUUUCACACAUAAAGUGAGCCUUUAUUACCACAUGAAUAUUCACGCUGGAGAGAAGCCAUUCACAUGUGAUCAGUCUGGAAAUAGUUUCAGAUUUAAAGGUAACCUUAAGGGCCACAUAAGCACUCACACUGGAGAAAAGCCUUACACCUGCACUCUGUGUGGGAAUGGCUUCACACGCAAACAACGCCUUAGGGAACACAUGAGAGUUCACACUGGAGGAAGGGCAAAAGCUGUGAGGGAACGAAGCGAGGCCGGUGAGCGAGUGUUAACGUUCUUCACCUGCGAGUCGCACCGGUCUUGA